AGGAGGAGGGACCGAGCCGAGAAAGAGCGGGCGGGUGCGCGCGCGCGCAGUUACGCACGGCCUCGCCGCUCGCCCCCUGACCGGAGCGCGCUCGCCCAACCAACAACCGGCCUCCUCGCAGGCCGUUUGAGGCGAGGGGCUCGGCGGCUUCUUGCAGGGGCUCGUGGGGCUCGCUGCGCGCGCCGAGGGGGCUGCCCGGAGCAGAGGCCCUUGGCGACGGCGGCGGCGGGGGUGGUGGUGGUGCCAGUGGCAGUCCGGCGCGCGCGCGGGGGCCCCCUUCGGAGGCAGGCGGCGGCGGCGGCGGCGGGGGGGCUCCCGGAGGCCGGGGGCAUGCCUCGCGAGGCCUCGCUGCCCGCCGGGGGGCUCCUGCUCCCCUCCCCAGAGGCCGCCGGCCGGUGGCUUGGCAGGACCUGGGCAGGGCGGCCUGGCGGCGGCGGCGCAGAGCAGAGCUGAGCGGAGCGGAGCGGAGCGCGGCCGGGAGGGGAGCCGGGACUCGGGGUGGGGGCGGGGGGCGGAUGGGAACGGGGCGCCCCGCCGCAGGGGUGGCGGAGGAGCCGUGAAGAGGAGGCGGCGGCGGCGGACCGGCUGACGAGGCGCCUUCUCGCCCGGGGCUCCAAUGAGUGGCACAACGCCUGCAACCACGGACAGGUUUCCCCUUAAAAAACCUACAAGGCAUGGCAGCAUCCUGAGCAGAGAGUCUCCAGCGGACAAGAAGCAGAAGGUUGAGCGCUGCAUCAGUGCCCAAGACUUUGACCCCACAGAUAGCUCUUCCAGGAAGACAAAGUAUAGCUCGGAGGAGGGUAGAUCCGAGACGUAUGGUCUUGUUCAACGCUGUGUUAUUAUCCAACGGGAUGAAAAUGGGUUUGGGCUGACCGUCAGUGGAGACAAUCCAGUUUUUGUGCAGUCAGUCAAAGAAGAUGGAGCAGCCAUGCGGGCUGGGGUUCAGACUGGAGAUCGAAUCAUUAAGGUGAAUGGGACUCUGGUCACGCACUCAAACCAUUUGGAGGUGGUGAAGCUGAUAAAGUCGGGUUCCUAUGUAGCUCUCACUGUACAAGGGCGCCCUCCUGGGUCGCCCCAGAUUCCACUGGUGGCUGAUUCUGAAAUGGAUCCGGCAGCUUUUGGGCACAUGUCUCCCAUCAUGACAUCUCCUCACUCACCUGGAGCAUUUGGAAACACGGAGAGAAUUACCAGCCCGGUGCUGAUGGGGGAGGAAAAUAAUAUUGUUCACAGCCAGAAAGUGGAAAUUUUGAGGAAGAUGUUGCAGAAGGAGCAGGAGCGCCUGCAGUCCUUGCAAGAAGAUUACGGCCGCUCUCCCGCUGCGCGGCUGCUCAAAGAGAUCCAGGAGGCCAAGAAGCACAUCCCUCAGCUGCAGGAGCAGUUGUCGAAAGCAACCGGCUCCACCCAGGAUGGCGUCUUGUCUUCCAAGCUGGCGACUGAGUCUUUGCAGAUAAGUGAGGUGGAAGCUGAGAGCGGGGAUGGGCUCAGCAGAGGAGAUGGCAGCUUUGGCGAUGGCUCCCAGCCGAAUAGUGACAUGACCGAGAGUCCCCGGAGUGGCCUGAAGGAGCGAAUCUAUCUGGAUGAGAGCCCAGAGAAGAGUGAGACUCAAGAUACUGACUCUCAGUCCAGUAUUGGAAGCCCCUCCUCACGAAUGGCUCCUCCGAUAAUAGGAGCAGAAGAUGAUGAUUUUGAUGGUGAACAGGAGCAGAUCAAUGGGCAGUGCAGCUGUUUCCAGAAUAUAGAGCUGCUGAAAUCUCGCCCAGCUCACCUGGCUGUCUUCCUGCAUCAUGUCGUGUCCCAGUUUGACCCGGCUUCGCUGCUUUGUUAUCUUUUCGCGGACCUGUACAAACAAACAAACUCCAAAGAGACUCGCCGUGUCUUUGCUGAGUUUAAUCAGUUCUUCCUGGAGCGAGCUGCGAAUUUGAAGGUCCCAGUUCCAGACGAAAUAUCUUCUGAUUUAGAGAAGAGAAGGCUGGACUUGAUUCCUGAAGAGCUGCACCGCUAUUAUAUUCAAACUGUGCAAGAUAAAGUCUUCCCUGAGGUCCAGAAGCACCUUGAAGAUUUUAGGCAGAAACGCAGCAUGGGACUGACGCUGGCGGAAGGAGAAUUGACCAGGCUGGAUGCAGAACGUGUCCGUGACCGGACCACGCUGGAGAAGGAGAGAGCGUGUGCAGAGCAGAUCAUUGCCAAAAUUGAAGAAGUGCUGAUGACCUCCCAGCCUAUAGAAGAGGAGAAAAGUUCAAGCAUGCAGUAUGUUGUUCUCGCCUACAUGAAGCACCUGGGCGUGAGAGUCAAAGAGCCCCGGAGUCUCGAUCAGAAGCGGGGCCGGAUUGGAUUCCUGCCCAAGAUAAAGCAAAGUAUAAAGAAAGAGAAGGAAGGGGACGAAAAGAAGAGGAGAGUCUUCCCCAACAUCCUAGGACCUCCCCGGAGACCGAGUCGCCACGACAGCUAUGCAAUAGGCCGAGCCAUGGAACUGCAAAAGCAGCGCCACCCAAAGCACUUAUCCACACCUUCCUCCAUCAGUCCGGAGCCACCAGACUCGGCGAAGAUGCGCCAGAGCGGGUCCAGCGAUGGCACAGAUGCAGCCUUCCCAACUGCUAACCUAAUGUCUCCACUCGCUGCUGGAGCCUUUCCAGCUCAGGAAGGGAACAAGGACACUGACACAGGGCCAAAACAAGUUGGAGACCCUCCAUCAUAUAGUGACUGUGUAGACGGUGCCCCCCGCACACCCAACACCCUCUUUGACUUCCCCUCCCCUCCACUGGACCAUUUGCAGGAAGAGGAAGGAGAUUUAGACAGGUUAGCAGAAUUGGGAACACCCAAAUCUUUCCGCAAGACAGACAGCAUGGGUGCUGGGGACAUCCAGAGCGAAGAUGAGCUCUUUGACUUUGAUGUGGAGACAGACCUGCCCAACUGGCAGCAGCUUGUGAGCCGGGAGGUGCUGCUCGGCCUGAAGCCCUCUGAAAUUAAGCGCCAGGAAGUGAUUAAUGAGUUAUUUUACACUGAGCGUGCCCAUGUCCGUACACUGAAGGUCCUGGAUCAGGUCUUCUACCAGCGGGUAUCCCGCGAAGGAAUCUUGCCUCACUCCGACUUGCGAAAAAUCUUUUCUAAUCUGGAGGAUAUCCUUCAGCUCCAUGCUGGAUUGAAUGAGCAGAUGAAAGCGGUGCGAAAAAGGAACGAGACAUCAGUUAUUGAUCAAAUUGGAGAGGACUUGUUAACUUGGUUCAGCGGAGCAGGGGAGGAGAAACUGAAGCACGCCACGGCCACCUUCUGCAGCAACCAGCCCUUUGCUCUGGAGGUAAUUAAGUCCCGGCAGAAGAAGGACUCCCGCUUCCAGACUUUUGUCCAGGAUGCUGAGAGCAAUCCGCUCUGUCGCCGGCUGCAGCUGAAAGAUAUAAUUCCCACUGAAAUGCAGAGGCUGACCAAAUACCCCCUUCUGCUGGAUAAUAUUGCAAAGUACUCAGAGCAAAGUGAGGAGAAGGAGAAAGUGAAGAGGGCAGCAGAUCACUGCCGGCAGAUCCUCAACUACGUGAACCAAGCUGUCAAAGAAGCGGAGAACAAGCAGCAUUUGGAAGACUAUCAGCGUCGACUUGACUUGUCCUACCUGAAGCAGUCAGAGGGCCCUAUGCUGGAUGAGUUCAGGAACUUGGAUUUAACCAAGAAGAGGAUGAUUCACGAAGGGCCUCUGACCUGGAAGGUGAAUCGUGACAAGACGAUUGAUCUCUACACGCUGCUCUUGGAGGAUGUUCUGGUGCUGUUGCAGAAGCAGGACGAUAGGUUGGUGCUGCGAUGUCACAGCAAGAUCCUAGCUCCCACGGCAGACAGCAAGCACACAUUCAGCCCCGUCAUCAAGCUGAACACGGUCCUGGUGCGCCAGGUGGCCACAGAUAACAAAGCUUUCUUCGUCAUCUCCAUGUCAGAAAAUGGAGCCCAGAUUUAUGAACUGGUGGCACAGACGGUUUCCGAAAAGACUGUGUGGCAGGACCUCAUAGCACGGAUGGCAGGAACGGGGAAGGAUGGAAGAGGCCAAGGGGUGAUUCCAUUACAAUCCGGACCAUGCGAGGAGGAGGAGGAGGACCAGCCUAAACUGAAGGGAGGGCAAGUGACUCCUGACAGCAGCAUGCAGAGUCCAGAUAAAGACCUGGGCCUGGAGUCCCCCCUGCUGCUGAAGGCGCAGCCUCUAUCCGCAGCCUCCGUGUCGGAGAAGUCGGAAGAGGAGGAGCUGCUGGAGGCCGAGGGGCCGUUUGGGAAAGAACCGCCGGCAGACCUGCUGAUCAAAGAGUCCUCCGAGCGCUACAGCCACACCAGUCCGGAGCUCCCUUUCCAAAUCUCAGAAGAGCAAUGGGCGUUGGAUGCACUAAGGAAUUUGGGCUUGUUGAAGCAGCUUCUGAUGGAGCAGCUGGGCCUGUCCGAAAAGGGCCCCCUCGUGGCCCGGCAGCGUUUCUCCAGGCAUAGGACAGUUUCCCAGGGGACCCAAGUGGAGAGCGGUGCCCGGAGAGGACUGCAUCAUUUGGACAGUGCCAAGCCCUCCCUCUCCGGGGCUAGCCGGACACCUUCCAGCACAGGAGCAAGUCAUUUGGGACUUUGUUACAGCCCCCGGACUUCGGGGGAGUUCGUGCCGCUGGGGGACCCCACACCAAGGAGCAGUCAGCUGACGGACCCCCUGAGCACGGAUCCAGAUACCCCAACCACGGAGCUGGAAGGGGUGGGGGCCGAGGAGGGCGGGGAGCACUUUUUUGAUGCUCGCGAAGCCCACAGCGACGAGAACCAGUCCGAAGGCGAAGUGGCGGAGAGGAAGGAGGAAGAGGAGGUGCAGUUGCGGAUCUCAGGAAAUUAUUUGAUCCUUGAUGGAUACGGGACAGUCCAGGAGAGCUCCACAGAUGAGGAGGUCUCUUCGCUGGUCCUACAGUGCACUUCGGGCAACGGCACAAUGGACUCCCCCCACCCACAGCCAGCCCUUCUGCGGGAUGCCCAGUUGGUCAGAGGAGACUCGCCGUUUGCAGAGGAAUCAAUGGCCUCCCCCUGGGAUCCUGCUGAGGAAUCCUCACACGUACUCAGCCCUCCCUUCUCCUCCGUAGAGUCACGUAGCCUGAUCAUGCAUUACAUACAGAAGAUAGAAGCCAAUCUUGAACACUUAAAGGAGAUGGAGGAGAACUACGCCACUCUUCUUCGGCAAAGGCUGGCUGGCUCAGCCCCUACAGACGAGCACUCAGAUAAAAGUUAGUCACGCUUCCUGUAAGUGGCUGAAGUUUGGACGGAAGUAUCAGCCUUGUCUGCACCUGACGGCCUUCUGCCUGGACUCUGUGGCGGGGGAGGUCACUUUCUGCUGACCAUCCAAGCACUAAGGGUGCUCCAGCAGGUUGGGGGUGGGGGGGAGGGGGCACUUUCCUUCUGGGCCUCUGCACUAGCCUGUCGGGGAGAGGUGGUUUUUCUGUUCUCCUUCUCCUCCUCUUCCUCCUCCUCCUCCUCUUGCUCUUCCUCGCAACCAGGUUUUUAAAAUUCAGAACAGAGGAAAGAGGGGAAGGGGGUGGGGGAAAGAAACCAAAUGUAUAAAGCUUUGGGUGUAGGAUAUAAAAAAAAUGUAUCUAGACAUAUAAAAAACAAAUCAAUGUAUUUAUUUGACUUCAUUCCGUGUACUGAAAGCACACUUUAAUUUGUAUUUUAUUUUUGCUUUGAGAAGAAAAAAAGUGCCAGUCUGUAGGCCUCUGACAUCCUUCUGCUCCUUGAAGCUUCAUGCGAGGCCAGGGUGGGUGGGUGGCGCCUCUCUCAGUUUUUCACUGGAUCAGAUUCUGCUGGUAACCGGACUGUGCUCAGAAAAGCUACCCACGGGCCACGUCCAGCGCAGUGAGGACAGCUUCCUUCUGGUUAUGCACUGAGGAUCCACCAUGCACUACAUCGGUGCUGGAAGGCUGGACACCUGGUUCUCUUUUGGAACCUCCUUCAUUGACAUGUGAGGGGUUUUUAAAAAAAUUAAUGUUUUCCCUUCCGCCCUUGACUUUGGGUCGACCUUGAACUGGACUGUCCGCAUGGAAAGCAGUGACAUGGCCUCUUGUUUUGUGUCUUUUCCCCACCCUCCAAAGCCUUUCCCAGAUCAGGGCAGACCUGUUAGAAAUGUGCUUACAGCUACCAUCUGCGCCUGUCGAGUCCUUCCUGAUGCAGGCAGCAGCCCCUGCAAAAGUUCUCCACUGCUGUUUCAGAGUGUUAGGAAUCUUCCAUGCCCAGGAGUAUGCCUUGCAGACCAUUGAGGGGUGGAGAGCAGCAGCAUUUGGGUUUUUUUAUUUGGCUUGCACUGUUUGUGCCAAAGUGCUUUUGAAAUGACCGUGGUUAGUCCAGAGGGGUCAACAACAAAGAAAAACAGAAUAGCCAGAAAGCAGCUCUGCCAUAUUUCACUAACCGAUUUCUGGUAUUCCAGGGCGUUCUAAAUCACCCCCAGUCUGAGAAUGGAAAUUGCAGCCUUAUACGGCACAGAUUUAAAAACACUAGCGUGGAGCGUUGCGUGCACUGCAUCACCCAUAAUUGGUCCUGGGAUGGAUGCUGCCUGCAUGAGACGAAUCAGUUUGGAAUUCAGCUGUUGAUGUUGCCUCUCUGUUUCUGCACCAUCCACCUAAAUCUUGGGCUGCCUUUCCUGACCAGCCAGAUCUGAAGGUGCCAAACCCUUGAAAUUCCUGUAAUGUGUUUUCUUUCUGCUGUGUGUGAAGUGUGGAGGAUCUUCCUUCCUUCCCUCCCUCCCUCCAGUGUGAAGGUCAUUCCCCCUGCUCCAUUAACACAGAAACACAUUUUCCCUGUAGCUGUAAUGGCCAAGAAUCAAAACUGCUGUUUCCCAGUCAUGCGAAACGCAAACCUCUCCUUCCCCUCGCAGGAAGAAGAGUAGCGCAAAAGCAGGCAGGCUGAAUGGGGGAGACGCGUAGGUCCCCUUCAAGCAUUUGGAGCCCGUGAACUGACACGUAUCACCAGAGCGGAGAAGCCAGGUGUGCGGCUCACCAUCUCUCUUCAGUGGCAGGAACCCCUGCAGAGCCAAAGUGUCUCUUUCCAUGCCUGCAGGAAUUUCCUGCUCCCAGUAUCGACCUGAAUGCUGCAGGGUCCUGCUAGCUCUCACUUCCCGAUUUUUUCCAAGUAGCAAAUCCUAAAGUCCUCCCCCCCCCGCCGCCCCCCAUACAUGAAUCUUUUAUUUUGCCUCCUUUUGCCAGCCCACUUGAGCUGGCAAGAUGAAUCAGUGCACCUUUCCUGUUUCAGGGGCUGCUUUUCCAGCCCCUGUUAACGUCACACUCAUUGGGUUUCGCUUCCCUUGCCACGGUCCUUGCCAUGGUCUAGACGCCAUGUUUGCAUUCUGAUCAGUCCUUCGUGGGAGUGGCUUUUGAGCAGCCCAGUGCCUCGUUUUCAUUUGCAGAUCCUUGAUGCCAGUCUGCCUCUGCUGCUGCUUUGGGAGGCGAGAGUCCUGAGAUCCUUGCCUGCCCUUUUGCCACCUCUGAGAGUGUCACCACCGAACAGCAGAGGACGCCCUCUGAGGAUGACGUUCCCUAAAAGAUACCUGGGGGUUAGUUUCUCAGAAUCAACCACAUAAGGCAGGUUAACAGAAGACAGUGUUAGUGGCAGUCUUCUCAAUCUUCCAUGGUAGACCGAAGCCCUUUUUUUUGUUGUUCUGGGAAGCAAAACAAAGUGUUGUGCUCUCUUCCAGUUGUCCAGUUGUGUGUUAGAGGUCCCGCCCGCCCCAGUUUGUCGGGUUUUUGCAGAUUUUCCUGUGCUACAUUAUACAAUCUUCCUGUUAAGGGCAUUAUUCUGCUUAUAAGGAGGGGAAUGGAAAACGAGGAUUGUCUCUUGCUCCCAAUACCGUAACCAAAAAUCCCCAGGCUAACUCCGUAGCGCAUCUACUGUACGACAAGCCCCCAACACAGAUUGAUUUUUUGUGGAGAGGGUCAAUAUUCAAAUGCACUUUGUGGAGUCCUUUUUCUUUUUAAGUAUUUGAAUAGUCAUGAGGAAUUCCAGCCAAAGAUACCUUUCCUGUCGUUAACGGCUGGCUAUGAACAUUCCCAUCUUUGGACUGGAUAGCAGGAUGGAGCUCUCUUUAUCCCCCCACCCCACCCCCCAAAAAACCGCCACAAAGAAACACCAGUCAUGAAAGACUUCCUUAAGAGGAGAAUUUGAAGAUGUCUGCUCCAUAGCACUUAGGAAUUUUGCUUCUUCUUUUGUUUUCUUUGCUUUAAUCUAGAUUUAUGGAACCAGUUGGUAGGGAAUUCAAGUUCAAAAGGCAAUCCAGGUGGCAGCUUUCUGUCUGUGCCAGUUGGGCUCGGUCUAUGCACAAAACAGAAUGAGGUCGCAGAAUCCCCAAAUGGUAGAGCAGGUGGGGGGGCCUGGGACCAACCGCAAAGGAGCUAUAGGUGAAAGUUGUGAUCUCCAUAGGGUUGCCAUGUGUUCAACAACAACUUCCCCCCUCCUCUUUGGCCGCCGUAGCUGCGGAUGAUAAGUGUCCGUGUCCGGGAACCUCCUCCAUAGGGGCCUCUUCUACAAUAACACAAGGGCCAAUAUACCCUUCCCUCUUGGCUGGCAGGUAGGGUGUCUGCGUGUAUGUCUGCACUUCUGUCUUAUGCCUCCCAUUAGAGCAGUUUCUACUUGGUGUACACCCUUCGACUGAACCAAUUGCUGAACUCUUAGCAGCUGCGUCUGAGAGCCUGGCAGACGUGCAGGUGAGCGGGGCAUAAAAUAGAAAUCCUAUUUGCUUUCCUAGUGGAGGAGGGCGUCUUCCAGAGCAAGGAGUGGGGGUGGUCUUUUUGCCCAUGUAAAAAGACCCUCCAUCCACACUGGAGAAAGAACCUACCACUGGGAGCGCCAAUGUUUGGAAAGCAUCUCUCUGUACAAAAACAGUCCGCUGCCAGUAGAAGGGGAAGAAGAUGGCUCUCUAGCUUCCUGUGCAAGGUUGUUUUUGUUUCAGGGGUGGGAUGAGGGGUUUGCACAACAAAACUGUGCUAGUUACCUGUUUUGGUGGUGCCACACACAUCAUAGGCUCCCCGCACCUUAUCUGCCAUUUGAGCUUGCAAGGUAUAGCAUCGCGGGGGGGGGGGGGGGAACAGUUCACAAGAGGCCCCAUGUUGCUCACGGGCAUUGGGUCUACUAGACUGAUGCACCCACUUCCUGCAAAACGAUCUCCCAAGGAAAGGCCCUGAACCAGGUUGGGAAAGAACGGUGGAGACUCAACAUUCCUUUCCUUUCUCGCGUCAUGUCUCCAUAAGAAAUGCUGCCCCUUAUUGGUCAUUUGCCUUUCCAACAGGAAGAGCUGUCUGUCUCUUUGCUUGGGUUAGUUUCCCCCUCUAGAAUCUCAGUACAGCCCAUGUUUGAGGAUGCCAUUUGAUCCUUCACCCUCCCUUGCACCUCCUUCCCAUCUGCAACGGAACAGUUCUCUAAAAGAAACACUGCAGCCAGUUGAGCACUACUUUAGCUUUGCUUUAAAAAAAGAGUUGUAGUCAUGUUUCUGUUUUCACUUCACCAUACAAUCAUGUAUUCCUUCUAACAGAUUUUUUUCUCCUUCUAAGUUAAAAAAAAAUAAUUCAAUCUGGAAGUAUUAUUUGAAAAAGCAAAAUACAAAAAAGGCCUCUCAUUAAUUAUCCUGUAUUUUUAACAGAUCAUGUUUUUUUGAAUGUUUAAGGAAAAAAAAGAAUUUUAUUGUCCUAAUUAUCCAGAUGUACGUAUGUUUGUUAAAUAGCUCUCUUAUUAAUUAGCUGAUAAGGUGGUAUGUUUUCGGAACAAAAUACUGGUCAUUUUUUAAAAAAUGAGUUUUGUUGGGGGUUUUUGGAGUCUGGGUAAUAGAAAAUUAAAGCAUUCAAAUAUCAGUAAAUAAGCUUAAAGGAA